GAUGGCCUACAAGCCGCCGCCAGCCGCGGACGGCUCCCCUCGCCCUGUAGUGCCCUGUGUCCGGCUGGGCGUUAUGAUGGCCGCGGCCUAUCCCUCGAAUGGCGAGGAGAUCGACCCCGCAUAUGCUGCAAAGCUCGAUGCGACAAUCAAAGCCUUCGCCAGCGCAGGUGUCUACGUCUUCUUGGACCUGCACCAGGAUGCUGGCUGCACCACGAACGGUGGUGAGGGUCUCCCUUGGUGGGUGACGGCUGGCUUCCAAGAACGUGCCGGCUGCUUCCUGGAGCAAUGCUGCUGCUGUUGCUGCUUCUCUGGUAGCUGCUGGUCCUGCUGCCCAGAGAGCUGUCGGACAUCCUACAUCGCCACGCCGUCUCAUCCUCUUCGGCCUUUUUUUUGCCUUCCGAACUGCAUUGCCAAGUGCAUAAAUCUGGACAUCACCACCUACGACGGGGAUUCGGAUCCGUGGCUCCCGUUCUCCGUCGAGGACAAGGGUGCGAAUCCGGAUUUCAUGAAUGCCGGCAAUGCGAGCAUGCGUCAAAACAACUCCGACAGCACCUGGAGCACGAUCGUAACCACUGCGCAGCUGCAGAACACCAUGCCGAGGAUCUAUGCCGCUCCGGAGAACAGUGCCGACAGGGCUUUGUAUUUUGAGCCCUAUAUGAAGCUUGUGCGACAUCUCUGUGGCGUGUGGGACAAGUACGAGAACGUCAUCGCAGUGGAGCUGAUGAACGAGCCGCCUCUGGGUGGAUUGCCAAAUAUAUGCAACACGCUGACAGUCUGGAGACAAGUCCUCGGAUUUUAUGGCCACGUCCUUGCCGAACUUGACCAGGAUCCCCGCAUCAAGACCCCCAUCGCCAUCGACAACUUCAGCAGCACCCUCCCUGGCGAAAGCUGCGCCAUCUCCUGCUUAGCCUGCGCAGGCACACCCAGUGCGGCCAUGAAGCAAUUCCAGUCCUAUGCCAGUCGAAACCGCUUGAUCCUGUCCUUCCAUUACUAUUCUCCUCCCAGCACAGUGAGCUGGGAAAAGAUGGUAGAGCUUGCCAAGGCGAACGCCCAGAAGCUUGGUGGUGUGCCAGUUUGGCUCAGCGAGUACUGGGAGGAUUCGGCGCAAGGUCUGGCAGACCAGCUGGCCGUCGCCACGGACCUGUUCCAGGGAGUGUGCGCAUCAUCUUUGAAUUUCCGGAAUCGACGCGGCAUAGUCGCCUCUUUGCCGGAGCCCCUCUACCACUCCUCGGCCAUGGCUCGCAGCAGGAGGAACUCUUCGCGGGUCGUCCUCGUCCUCGGUGCUGGAGUGGCGGCCUAUGUCACCGCCAAAUCACUUCCUGGCUUCGCUUUCACCGGUCUUGGACGCGCUGCAAGCAUGAGCCUUCAGCAGACGACACGGUCAUCGGUGCCAGGAGCAGCGCGCCCACUGCAAGAUUUGCCCAGCCGGCCGGCCCUGCCAGUUGGCGUCGAGGAGGUGGCUACGACCAGCUCUUUGCUGGAGAGCAUGGGGCCUUUGGCUAUUGCCGGUCAAGCUGUGGCCGGACUGGCCGCGCUGUACGUCAUCAUGUCCUUUUGCGAAUAUGUGUACCAUCGCUACUUCCAGCAUUUGGGACUGAACAAGGUCGACGCCGUGCGGGCUGUCCGAUCCACCCUCAGCUUGUCCACAUUCCGCGGCGACGGCCAUGUGGAGCAUCAUCGGGAGACAGUCGAGGAAGAUAUGAGCCUUACUGUUGAACCUGGACGCGACCCAAUCUUGGACAUGGACCCCUGGAGAGGUACUUGCUUCCCAUGGGAUGGUUUCGCGAAGAUGAGCGCUGGUGUCAUGCUCCUUGCCUACCCAACCCUGACCUUGCUGGGCUGGUCCGGCUUCGUCAUUGUGCCUGUGGUGAUGACCGCGAUGAUGCUCCACGCCUUGGUUUGGAACGCUCUUCACCCGAACAUGCAUGGCCUGGAAGAUGUGCCGAUGGAGGUUGGUGCACCAAGCUGGGUCCUCGCCGGCUUGCGCGACUCCGCAGUGUUCAACUACUUGCGCACGAAUCACGAAGGGCACCACAGAGCCACUGGUUCCCACGGCAACUACAACGUUUGCUGCCCCGGAAUGGAUCAACUCGUUGGCACUACCGUUGACUGCGUGACAGGCGCUCCGCUGCCCAAGCCUGUUCCAGAUUGGGUGACACUGCUUGUGGCCGUCGCCGCUGCUCCGCUUAUGCCUGCUUUUGCGGUCGUCUGCCUGGUAGUGCUGAUCUCUUUCCCACCUCUUCCCCGAGCUGCCGAGUUGGGAGCCAAAUAA